CUUACAUAAGAGAAACGGUACUUAUUACAUAAUCGUUUAUGCAGUCAACGUCGGUGCGGCGUGCUGCGCUUCGGUCCCUGCGCUUGAGAAACAUUGAUAUUGCAUCCUGUAAUCACCGCAGUUGCAAACAACGAAACGUAGCAAGUAAGGCAGCACGCGCCGGUGCGCGUUUGCCAGCGGUCGUCCAGUCGCGACGGCCCAAUUCCUGCAAGGGGUCAAACGCGGUAGAAAGGAUGGCAUGCUUGGCGAAAUGUUUUCAAGGCGACGCAAAUGCGUCAAGUUGCGAGCUGCCGACGGACGCGCGAGUGGGCCUCGUCUUUGAAGACUCCAUGCUCAAGCAUUUGGGGCCUUCCAGCCACCCCGAGUGUCCGGAGCGGGCGGUGGAGCUGAUGGCGGCCCUGAAACGCCACGGUCUGGACAAGCGGUGCGUGCCUCUGCAGCCGCGGCAGGCCACCGAUGAGGAACUGCUGCGCUGUCACCAGCCGGAGCACCUCAGAAAGGUGGCGGCUGUGUCGGAGGAGCUGGCGGCGGCGGUGGCGGCGGGCGCGCGGCGGCAGUACACCGAUGAGAACUUCGACAGCGUGUAUUGGAGCGCGGGCACUGCCACCGCGGCGCGGUUUGCGGCGGGCUGCGUGACACAGGCGGUGCGCAGUGUGGUGGGCGGCGCCGUUGACCGCGCUCUGGCCGUGGUGCGGCCGCCCGGGCACCACGCGGUGUGCGAGAGGGCCAUGGGCUUCUGCAUCUUCAACAACGUGGCGGUGGCGGUGAGGGACGCGCUGGCCACACAGGGUGUGAAGAGGGUGGCGAUUGUGGACUGGGACGUACACCACGGAAACGGCAUCCAGGACAUCUUGUACGACGAGCCGCGGGCGCUGUUCAUCUCGCUGCACCGCUACGGCCGCGGGUUCUACCCGGGCACAGGGGCGCUGCGGGAGCUGGGCACGGGGGCCGGCACGGGCUUCAACGUGAACGUGCCGUGGACCAGCGACAGCAAGACAGACGCCGACUACCAGGCCGCCUUCCACAUGGUAGUGGAGCCGCUGCUCCGUGACUUCGCGCCGGACCUGGUGGUGGUGGCGGCGGGCUUUGACGCCUCCGCGGACGACCUGAUCGGUGACUGCGACCUGCUGCCCGAGGGCUAUGGCUGGAUGACGGAGCGGCUGUUGCAGUUCGGCGGCGGCAAGGUGGUGUUGGCGCUGGAGGGCGGCUACAACACCAGCAUGACCGCCGAGUGCGCCUCCGCCUGUGUGCGGUCGCUGCUGGAGGGCCGCGCGGCAGUGGCACCGCCGCCCAGCGCGGAGCCCAGCGCGGAGGCGGCGGAGGACCUGAAGAAGGUCUACCUGUUCCAGCGGCGCUUCUGGCGCCUGCGCUGCCCCGCCGGCCGCGAGUGGCGCCAAGACGUCCUGCAGAGCGAGAAGGAGUGGGCGCAGGCGCUGGCGACGGAGUGGGAGGCCGAGUGGGCGGCCUACACGGCGGCGCGGCGGGCGGAGGCGGCGGCGGCGGAGCGCAACGAGGCCAACGGCGGCCGCAAGCAAGAGGAGGUCCCAGCGCCGCCCGCGCCCAAGCCGCAGACACCACAGCCCGGCGACUCGCCAGCCGCUGCCCUGGAGCGAGUGGCGGCCGCCGCCGCCAGUCGCGCCGCCGCCGCGGCAGCGGCAGCUGCCGCCUCGCCCGUUCGCACGGCGGCUACAGCCUCGGCCCCGACCCAAGAGGCGGUGGCGGUGGCGGCUGUAGCAGCGACGGCGGCGGCCAGUAGCACUGAAGCAGCGGGUGUUGCCACCGACGACGACGCGGUGGAGGCGGUAGAUGUGCUCAUCUCCAAAUUUGGGGGGCUGUCCACGGACGCCGCGGCCGAGGCGACGGCUACGGCGGCGGCGGCGGCGGCUGCAGCAGGGGCGGCAGUAGAACUGGCGGCGGGGGCCGGGCCGCGUGAGGACUUGCUACAGCUGGCGAAGGAGCAGCAGCAGGAGGAGGGCAAGAAGUGAGGAGCCCAGGACCGAGUGAGCGUAGGGGCCUUGUGGGCUGCUGGGGCAGGUUGCUGGGUAGUUGUGACGGUAACGUUUCGCGCCCUACGUCACCUAUUGGGUUACGGCCGCAGGUUACGGUGUUCGCAAAGUAAAGAGAUUGCAGGCACUGCAGGCGUGGGGCCGCGUGGGCGGCGGCCGGCGGGGCCAUGAUGAACACGGACUUCCAUUGGGAUGGUCGCAAUAAUGGCCCGGCGGCGGGAUGGCCCCUCGUCUGGCGCGCCGCUUUCUUGGCGUGCGUGAAGGGAAGGUGGAAGGGAUGGGUGGAACGUGUAAAUGCUAUCAAGGCGUGUGCACGCUGGCUGUUGUAUUGUUAUGUGUGAAUACACUGAGGCACUGACAUACUGUAGCGGAAUGAUUGUGGAUUGAUGCAGCACUUCAGCUCAUGCCGGGCAUCGGGGCAUGUGCUCAUGCAUGUGCGUUGGUGCGGUGUGUGCUGCUGGACUGAAGCUAGCUGGUACCAGGAAUCAGCAUUUGCAACGCACGGCACGCUCAUCCGCACCAUACAUGCGUCAAGUGUGAAUGUGUAAUGCCGUCGCUUG